UUAUUAUUUCCUUUUCUCCAAAGUAAAAAUAAGAAAAGCGGGGAAAAAACAAAAAAAAAAAGGAAAAUUCCUUCUCUUCCUUUCUCGCCGACCGUAGACUGGAGAUUCUUUCCGGUUUCGAUUGCUUUGCGUUCAAAUUUCUCCACGCUUGUACGUCCAGUUCUUGGGUUUGCUCGAUUCUUCCAAUUUUCUCUUUUCUCGCUUUCUCAGGUGGGAAUAGUGAAUUAUUGAUGAUACCAUUUUCAAGAAAUUGCAGCUUACUAUAACGUGGAUUGAUUACGCUGGAAAUACAAAUUUUCUUUGCUCAUCCUCACUCCACUGGAGUUGCUGCUUUUGAAUUUUACACCAAGCUGGAGCUCUGAGGGAAUAUUACUGUGAACUUUUGAAGUUGCAGUGUGUGAGUAUCUGGUAUUCUUGUGAUGCCUUAGCAUGGAGAUGGAGUCACAGGUCUCCUUGGACUCUACGGUACAUUCUCACAAUGAGAAUACUUCAAUUCAGCAUGGGGAUACUGGCAUAACAUCAUCAAUCCCAGAUCAUGUCAAGCCACAACAGCCAGCAAAAAAACCAACACGGCAAUGGGCUGCUUGGACACGUGAAGAGGAGGAAAGCUUCUUCACUGCAUUACGACAAGUUGGCAAGAACUUCGAAAAGAUAACCCGUCGUGUCCAAAGCAAAAACAAGGAUCAGGUCAGACAUUAUUAUUAUCGUCUUGUGAGGCGUAUGAACAAAUUGCUGGGUCCAGGAUUAUGUCUAGAUGCCAAAAACUCCAAAGACACUAAUGCUGCAAUGCUUCGAUGGUGGUCCUUAUUGGAAAAAUACAGUUGCAAAGCCUCAAAGCUUCACUUGAAGCCACGAAGGUUCAAGAUAUUUAUAGAAGCACUGGAAAACCAACUCUUAAAAGACCGAAAGAAGAAUGUAAGGAAACGGCCUUCACAGGUGGAAAAUGUUUCUCCUCCAGUUCCAAGCACUGUCACAAGUCAGAAUAGAGCAUCAACACUUGAAACUAGAACCGUUAAAUUGGUUCUGGUGGACAGUCAAAACUUACAAAGGUUAGGAGCUGGGAAGGGAUCAUUAAAGCGAAAUGUUAAUAUAGGUGUUAUCCGCGGCAAUAGAGGAGACUCAACUGCAAUGAAACCUGCAAGGCAAAGACGGAAACAAGUAGGUGUUGUCUUGUCAGCUGCAUAUAAGAAAUGGGAAAAAGCUGCAAUUGCUGGGGUUUCCUUAGUUGCUGAUGCUGCUGAGCAUUUGGAGCGGACAGCUACUGAUAAAGAGAUUGAACAUGACCACCAGCUUAAGAGUCCUGAUGCCAUUGAAAAGGGUCUCCUCCCUUUAUCUGCUUUUUCACAAAAUUAUUAUGUCAAUGCUCAGACUAAUAUGAAACUUAAGCUCCAGUUGUUCCCAAUUGAUGAUGGCACUCGAAGAGCCUUAGAAACGGAUAAACAUAAUCCACAUCUGGAGCUGACUCUUAGUACCCGGAAAAAGAUAUCAUCAGUACUGGAACACCUAAAUCGGAAAUGGGGCAAUUCAAGUAUAGCAUCUGGAGAGUUAAUGCUUUUCCCUUACAGUGCUCUUAGAGAAAAUCUUGUUGGUAAUCAGAGAUGGACUCAAGACUCCAUUGUCAGUGCAUUAGAUGUAUACACUUCAAUUGGAAGCCCUCCAGUGUUCCGCUUAAGAUAUGGUUGGUUUUCCAACAUUGAAUUGGCAUCUGUGAGACUGCAAGCACCUUCAGCAUCCAGUUCCAUUCCAGGUGGAAAUUCCAUUGACAUGGAAAAUGAAAAGAGGAAGACUGUGGACUCCAUAACCACAUCCGGACUCUCAACCAAUGAUAGAUCUGAGAAAAAUAUGGAUCUCUGUAAGGAUCAGCUAUCCACAGGAAUCAAGAGUCAUGAUUAUGCACUCUCUUCCACAGAUGUGCCCAAUGAUCUAAGUGGGUUUGCCACAGGACCUAGAAAUAACUUUGAUGGGUCGUCGGAUCCUGCAGCAAAGGUAUCAUGGCAUGAAAAGGAGACUGGUGAUAGGACAAAUAUGAAACAUUCAGAUGCUGCAGGUCACCUGAGACUCUGCAAUGGCACUGCAUUAUCUGCUGGGGAAUGGGCUGACAGCCUCACCAACAUUAGUGUUGGAGAUCUACUGUCAGAAGUGCCUCAUGAUGUAGAUCCUAACUGCAUUGAACUACCUAUUGCUCAAAGUAGCCAAUGUCUUCAACAAAUACCAUUUAGCUGUGAUUCAUUUGAUGCUGCUAUUGCUGCUCAUAUGUCAAGACAUCAGAAUAAGAUCGUAUCUCCUUCCACAGUGGCAUCCCACAUAUUUUCAAUCUGGGAUGCUGAAGAAACAUGUGAUGCCUUCUCAUUUCAAAAGAAUCAUGCUCUGCACCAGGAAAUUCCUACUUCAAUCGAUGCUGUCUCUCCAGGGGCUGGCAAACAGAUGAACUCAAUGGUUUCUGGUGCUUUUGUUGAGGGAUUGCCUAGUGGAGAGGGGCCUGUGGAUUAUCCUGCUGAAACUGAACCUGUGGAUGAUUGUUCACCUGAUCCACUAGUUGUGGACAACUUGACUAAAGAUUUCACUGGGCUAACAGAUAUCUAUUGGCCUGAAUCUUUAGGACCAUUGGAUCUCGAUAUACCCUCGUCCAAAUACCAUAGUGAAGAGUUUAUUCUGAAUGAUAGCCUAAGUGGUUUGAACCGUUUGAUAGCCAGCAGCUUGGAUGCAUUUCAAAAUUGCUCCUUCUUUGGGCUGGACGAGAAAGACUCAAUGCCUGUAGUUGAAGCUCGAGAAACUUCCUCAUUUUCAGAUUUUAAAAUUGGCAGCGGGGUUUGAGAUUUCACUAAGUUUUCCGUUCUUAGAAAGUUUCUCGUUAUUGGGAUAUAAUGACUAAUCCUUUUUUAUUUCACUGACGGAAUGAGAGUGUGCUGAGGGGGUUGGUGCAAGCCAAGAACAUUCUGGUUGUUUGUGGAAAAAGUUCCCUGAUCAGAGUCUCCAGCAUGUGUACAAAAAUAGACAUGAAUAGUUUCAUACGUUUUCAUUCUUUAUUUUCAUUAUGAUCCUGUAAAUUGUUCUGCAGAACUAAUGUAACUGUGUAACCCUUGUGGGCAAAACUUCUUUAUCUGACCACACAUUGUUCAA